AUGCCGAGGACGCUGGAUUCGAAAACCAUUGAGGAAUACCUCCAAGUCCUGGACCAGUCUGAGGAUGACAUGGAUUCUUCAGGAGGGGAGGAGGCAGAUGAAGAAAUUUAUUAUGAGAAUAAUCGACAGUUAUUGGCAGAUUUGGUAAAUGAAGUGGAUGCUGAGCACGUAGAUUUUUUCUGUGGAAGAAAUGAUCUGAAUAAGUUCCUAGGGAUUCUUAUUUAUUCUUCUAUUGUAAAAAACCCUAACUUUCGGUUGUACUGGUCAGAUCAAUAUGGUUAUGAACCCAUAAAAUCCACAAUGACUCAAAAACAUUUUGAGAAAAUUUGUUAUGUUUUACAUUUCAAUGACAAUACAACUCAUUUACCUCAGGACCACCCCAAUCAUGACCGGUUGCACAAGAUUCGGCACGUAAUUGAUGAGCUAAAUACCAGAUAUGCUACAGUACCUUUGGAGCAACGAUUAUCGUUAGACGAACAAAUGUGUGCUACCAAAAUGAGUCACUAUAUGAAACAGUACCUUCCGAACAAGCCACACAAAUGGGGGUUCAAACUGUUCUUGAUCUGCAGCAUAUACGGAUUUGUGCACAAAUUUGAGGUGUAUUCUGGCAGUGAGAAAUAUCUCCACAUAAACGGCGAACUAGAUUUGGGGCCUACUGGCAACACCGUUGUACGGCUAGCACGGAUUGUUCCAAAACGUGCUAAUCAUAUAAUUUAUUUUGAUAAUUUCUACACAUCUGUCCCCUUGGUUACGUACCUUGCAAAAGAAGGAAUUUACUGCUUAGGAUCCAUCCAAUCAAAUCGAAUCCCAAAUAACAAACUGCCAGAUAAGAAAACUUUGAUGAAGAAAACAGUACCAAGAGGACACUGA